CCUCAGGUUUCAAUGGAUUUUACAAGUCUCCCACUAUCUUUAAAAGAUAAUGGCUUUACUAUGGUACCCACUGACCCUUUUGACUCAUCAAAAGAUGAGAUGGAAAGACUUGAAGAAGAACUGAAGAUAUGGAAGAAAAGAGUUGAAGAAGCUGAAAAAGCAAAAGCUGACCUCCUUCUCUGUAAAUCAAGUGCAAUGGAAGAGUAUGUUAAAGCAGAGGAUGGACUGAUAAAAUUAAAGAAUUUACAAGAGAAACAGCAUAAGGAAUCUAUUAUGUCUAGGGACACCCAUGAGAGAGAACUUUAUGUACUAAACCAAGAAAACGCUGAGCUGAAGAGAGAAAUUGAAAAGCUCGAAGAAGACCUUGCAGAAUGUAGUUUAAUACUUUCACGGUAUAGUCAGAUUAAUAAAGAGGUAGCAGAAAUGAAAAUGACUCACAUGGAAGACACGAAGGAUAAUUAUCAAGACAUGAAUACUCACUGUGUUUUUUGUGUAACUACAAAAAUCCCAUUCAGACUGGAUGGAAACCAGGUGCUGCUUACUUUUGAAGACAAAGAAGUUGCCCAGAGACUGAUAGAAAUCGGUAAACAUACUGUGAACCUGGACAAUAAAACAGCAGAUAUGAGAGUGAUGCCUUUUACACUUGAAAUGGGAAUCAAAUUUAAGCUCCAUGUCACUAUUUCUGGAAAGAAGUUUAAUGUUUCAGAAGUACCUGAACUAUCCAUUCCUGAAGACUGGAUGAGAGACAAAUUAGAACUGAAUUUCUACAAAUCUGAACAGGGAGGAGGAAAAGUUGAAAACGUGAACUAUGACAAGCAGUCUAGAACAGCUGUUAUUACGUUCCUCAGACCUGGAGCAGCUAACAGCUUUGUGAGAUGUACUGAAUAUCCUUUUGUUGUAAAUGGAACGUCAUAUAGGCUUCCUGUUUCCCCAGACACCUAUGUAAAAUUGGAGAACUUUCAGCUCUAUUGUGGGAUUUCUAAGAAGACCAUUCUGUUGGAAGGAAUUAAAGAGAUGGAAGAUGAUGAGGAAAGUGUGCAGGACAUGAUUAAAAUCCAUUUUCAAAAGCCUAGUAAUAAUGGUGGGGAAAUAGAGAAAAUCAAAUAUGCAUCAAAAGGAGCAACAUGGGUUUGUUUUGAGGAGGACACUUAGAAUGCCAUAUAGGAAGAUGUAAUUGAUCUCAGAAAGUUCUGUUGUUUUGUUUCAUCAGAGGCAUAGGAAGUUAUGCAGACAUUGUGCUUUAAAGUUCUGAUAUGUAUACUUGAAAAAAAAGGAACUACCUGAUUUGUGUAACAGCACAGACUCAGCAUAGAAAUUCAGUAAAACUCACUGCUUUGUGUUCUAGAGUUUCCUUAUCAAAGUCACAGAAAAAGCCUUUACAGCACUUGAAACUUGUGCUGUAAAUUUGCAGGUUUUGCAUCUUGCAAAUUUUAGAUAGUUCCCAUACUCCAAAGUGGGAUAAAUCUAUUUAAUCUUACAUUUUUGUUAUAAAAGCCAUAUGCAAUCCCAAUCAAAUGCUUGUUCACAGAACUGCUUUUCUGAAGUGCCAUAGCUUCAGAUAGUAGCUCUAACAGGACUCCAGUCCUGCUUAGAUUGCUGUGUGCCACCAUAACUGAAAUACCUGAAAACAGUUACCUUGUAAUUACAUAAAAUCUCCAUUGCCAAAUGAGUGAUAGAAUUAAACUAGAAAAAGGGAAAUGUAGAGUGUAAAAUAACCACAGAUUCACUCAAGAAAUUGCACCUUAUAAGAAAUGCUGUAGCAGUAAUUGCUUUUAGCUGCUGAAACACUGUUACUUCUCCUAGCAUCUGAUGCAAAUUGUGCUGAGCUUCCGUAUGUUAAUAGCCUGGUUUAUUGUUUGUUUUUAACAUUUGUUUCUGCAAUUAAAUCUUUCCUUACUUUUA